AUGUUUCCACAACGCCUCUAGAUUCCCAAAUUCCACCAAUAUCCACCUCCCCCCAAGUAGACAACCACCACCAUCUCCGCCGCAGAAACAUGGCCGCACCCCCCCACAUCGUGGCCCUCCCGUACCCCGGCCGAGGCCACAUCAACCCCAUGCUCAACCUCUGCCGCCUCAUCCUCGCCUCCCGCCCCGACGCCACCGUCUCCUUCCUCGUCACCCAAGAGUGGCUCACCCUCCUCGCCGCCACCCCCACCACCACCACUCUCCCUCCCAACUUCGCCUUCCACACGUUCCCCAACGUGAUCCCCUCCGAGAUAGGCCGCGGCAAGGACUUCCCGGCCUUCUACCGCGCCGUCCUCGCCAACCUGGAGGCGCCCGUGGAGGACCUCCUCGGCCGCCUCCCCCCGCCGAGGCCCGCCGUCAUCGUCUACGACACGUACAUGACGUGGGUGGUGGGCCUCGGCGCCCGGAGGAAUAUUCCGGUGGCGUCGUUCUACACCAUGUCGGCCACCGUCUUCUCCAUUUUUCACCACUCUCAUCUCAUCUUCCAACGCUCCCAAAUUGGAGAUAAAGAAGAAGAGGAAAACUUGGUAGACUACAUCCCAGGAGUCCCUCCACUAAGAGUCACAGAUCUCCCAACUCCAAUCCAUGGCAAAGGCAAUGAAGUUCUACCUCAUGCCUUAGAAGCAAUUCAAUUAGUACCAAAAGCUCAAUAUCUCCUCUUCACCUCUGUCUAUGAGCUAGAAUCCCAAGUCAUUGACACUUUAAGACAAACCAUUCCCACCAAAAUCUACUCCCUAGGCCUUGCAAUACCAUCCCUCAAUCCCACACUUGAUGAUGACAAGCCACACUACCUCCAAUGGCUGGAUGCUCAGCCUCAGCACUCUGUUCUCUACAUCUCACAAGGCAGCUUCCUCUCCGUCUCGAAAGCCCAGUUUGAUCAGAUUGUUGGUGGCGUGAGCCGUGCUGGCGUCCGCUUCUUGUGGGUCGGGCGUGGAGAGGAGGAUCGCCUUCAGGAGAGGUGCGGGGGCAGAGGGAUAGUGGUGCCGUGGUGUGAUCAGCUGAAGGUGUUGUCGCACCCUUCUGUAGGGGCCUUCUGGUCGCACUGUGGGUGGAAUUCGACUAAAGAGUGCGCGUUUGCUGGGCUUCCCAUGCUGACAUUCCCUAUAUUUUGGGAUCAAGUUACUAAUAGUAAGAUGGUUGUGGAGGAUUGGGGGUUUGGGGUGAGAGUGAAGAAGGGGGAUGAUAGUUUGGUGGGAGAGGAUGAGAUUGCUGAGGUUGUGUUGAGGGUUAUGGAUUCCGGGAGCCCCGAGGCGAAGGAGAGGAGAAGAAGGGCCAAGGAGGUGCAAGAGAUUUGUAAGAGUGCAAGUGGUGUUGGGGGAUCUUCUCAUGGAGAUGUUAUGGCUUUUAUUAGAGAUAUUUGUGAAUGUUGAAGUCAAGUGUGUUGAGGUCUUGCAAAAACUUGAGUAUGCUUUUGUUUUUUUUAAGGUAUGUAUUGGCAAUUGAAAUAAUCUUGUUUUGUUGCA